GUAGUCAACAAAAAGUUGUGUGUAUGCCAUAUUAUUUAACGUGAAUUGUUUUUGGGCAACAACUGUCAUUUUCUUAAAUGUAAACUCGCCACUCAGAAGUCUAUUUUGAACGGCAUUGCAAACUGAUGUUACUGAGGUUUCUCCUUCGGGUAGGUCUCCAAAUUCAUGUAAACAGUCCAUGAUUUCAGAAUAACUUAUGGACGGUCUCUGCCUCUUCAAUGUUUCAAUGAACUGAAGAUCACUGUUAUAUAAACUUCGGCUCCUUCCCCCUCCAUGCUUUGGAGCUAAAUCAUUUGACGCACAGUACUGCCUCCAGAUUUUUGACACAGUAGAUGAAGAUACUUUAAAUUCGUUUGCUAUAUCAAUAACUUUUCCUGGACAAAUGCCUGUAGUUUUGUCUCCCCCUUUAAUGCAAAUUUCAUCUAUAAUAUGUGUCCUUGUAUCAAUAGAAAGGGCUUUUCCGUGGCUGUAGGAUCGACCUUUGCUGUUAACUUUCCACAUUUUGAAGCGUUUAUACAAACAUUACAAAGUAUUAAAACAAUACAUAUACAAGAAUAGAACAUGUCAAAUAAACACGUUGACAGUGGUUCCGCCCCUGGAAACAAUCGUAAUUGACCUUAGCAACGUCAAGAUUUAAACCACUCAACGCGCGUUUAGAACAGUUGUUGAUUUGCAGUCAAACAGAAUCCGCUGUAUUAAUUGAUGUCACAUAGUAAGUAUGUUGAUGUAGAUUUAAAAUAUGUGAAUAAACUCGCGAUAAUUUAAAUCAGUUCCCUGAAUUAAUAAUCUUUGAAGUGAAUCAGUGAUGCAUGGCGACCAUGUUUUUCAUCCUGCAUGGGCACUUUUUUACAACUUGCAAAAAAAUUUGCAAUCAACUAAAUAUACUAGACAAUUUUACUGAAAUAUCAAGUAUUCUUGAUAUCACACAAAAAGGUGAUAUAAACACUUUGGUUCUCUCUCUGAUUCACUUUCAGCGAGGUACAGCAAUUUAUCAACCUCUUCUUUUGUUAUACACUGUGUUACGAUAUCUUGAGGAGAAUUAAGUGCUUUGUUUAGCAAUUCCUGGAACAGCGAAUAGCUCAACAGACCAUUUUCUCCACCAGAUAAAGAGCGUAAGUCCCUUCCUUCAGAUUGCCAGUCCCAAUAGCUGCUAAAGGUAGUUGAAGGAAUUUUCUGCGAGCACUUUUGGCUGAAUACUUAGCCACACAUAUGGACUACACAUUGCAAAAGCAAUACUUAACUUCAUAUAACUAUGUUCUAAAAUGUACUGUGCCACCUUGAGGUUUCCAGGACACUCAGCACAAUCUUGCCUAUGGCGAUUUUACAAACAAAACUACAAACUCUAACGUAAUCAACAAGAGUUACCCCUUCCAUCCUUGAAAUAAAAAUGCUUUCAUUUAUUUUUUCAUGUAAGAUAAAUUUUUCUUUUUUCUCGUUCAAACACGUUAACAAGAUUUUACUCUACAGUGUGCAAUGGGAUCUGAAGGGGAGUAAUUAAAAAUCCUUGGAUGGAACUUAAAUCUGCUAAUUCUUUCUCUGGAUUCUCUGAAUUUUCCGGUUGAUCACUUGAUUGAUCUUCCACAUGUUGAGGUGACAAAAGAUGAUCUACCUUCUUCCUCUUGAUUUCCAUCUUCUUCCUCUUGAUCAUCUUCAUGCGGAGGUGAUGAAUGAAAAUCAUCUCUUUCAUCCAUUUUGGAUUUAGCAUUGGAUUGAUCUGCUUCAGAAUGGACUGACUGAUUGGCACUGGAUAUUGUUUGCUCAUUAUCUGAGCUUAUAAUAACAGUUUCUCCUGAUUUGUUAGAAUCUGACACAUUUAUAUUGCUGGUACUGCUGGAUUUGUUCUUCCACAUCUGUCUAAGAUCCUGACCUUUAUUUUUCUUUUUGGAAGAUGUUGAUUGAUUUUUUCUACGCUUAGUGUGAUACCAUGCUGACUUCUUUUCCUUUUUUCCCAACGAAAGCUGUUUUUCCUAAAUCUUUUUUUUGUUUCAUCAACGCUGUUAUCUCUCCACUGAUCUGGUCACAAAUUGAAAACUGGUUUAGGGACUUUUGUUUUUGAAGGCGUACUUUUUUGAACUGCAAUUGUUCAUUUAUGUUAUUCAUAAUAUCUUUCAAUGCUUUGGACCUUUUUUUAGCCUUUCAUUCUUGUCAAUCUUCUGUCACUUGUGUCUUUGUUCUCCACCAAAGUUGUCACUCAAUUCCUUACUGCUUCCCCUGGAUUGGCCUUUCACAAACUUGUAACCUUUCUUUAUCACAUUCUCUUUUGCCUUCUCAAGCAACCUUCCUAAUCAGAGCCAGUAAAGAAAACAAAUAAAAAUAUUACAAUAUUUAUCUAUGUCAAGCGCUCCUCUCAGGGCCGGUUUUAGACUUGUGGAGGCCUGGGCAACCGUAAGUUGUGUAGGCUAAAUCCGACAAAAAACCUGUCCGCCGCAUUUUAUGUUAACCCCCUCCCCACUGCAGAGUCUCUGAAAAUGCUAUUUCCUGCUUUCUGAGACUGUUUCUUGAAUGUAACAAUCAUUGAAAUAACAUCUGAAAUAUUUGGGGGUAUAGCCCUCUAGCCACCAUUAAUGAUCUGGGGGGCCCUGUUUGUGGAGGCCCCUGGGCAGCUGCCUGGUCUUGCCCUUAAGUAAAUCCGGCCCUGGUUCCUCUUUUGAGUUCCUAUUUCAUUUGGAAUUUUCCUAAUUCCAUUUGCAAAUUUGAAAACUUCAUUUUCAAAUCUCAUGAGGAAGAUUGCAAAAACCUCUGAGGAAGAUUGCAAUUUAAAAGUUCCUAGCUUCCUGUUCAAAGUUCCUAACUUCCUGUUCUGUUCUUUGCAUGCAUUUUUCAGGUAGUGAUUUGACUCCAUUUGGACACACAGUAUAUAAGAUUUGUUUUCAAUUUACAGAUCAAUCAUUAACAACCAAUUUUGCAUUACACAUCUUUAUAAUAUAUCAAAGAAUGAACACACACAUUUUUUAAUUAUCCCAUCUACGCUAGUUUCAACUACAGUCACUUCUGUGUGUGUGUCACAUCCCAUAUUUUAUACGGCUUAUUUAAUGCCUGAAAGAGAAUGCAACCGAAUGCAAAUAUCACUAAAUAUAGGCCGCUAUUUAUAGUCAGCAAGUCAAUAUUUACAGUACGUUUUAAUAAUUCAUAAAGGUGACAACAAAAAAGAUUUAUUCAUGAUUUUAUAAUCAAAAUUGACUUUAAAAAUACAUACUUUGGCUGCUAUGUUGAAAAAUAAAUGAAUGCCAUGAGGAAAAUUGAUACUGCUUACCAGGCCUCUGUCAAACUCGCUAUUUUUAUAUGCUAAAUUAAAUUGCGCUAAAAAAGUUCAAAUAGCCCGUGCUCGGGCAAAUUCUUUUAACUCUUUGACGGCAAAUCCCAAAUCAUUCAUCCGCUAGCGGAUGAAUGAUUGGAUGUUCAUAUCUUCGGUUCGGUGCAUGCUAUGAAGACAGAAAUACCACCAUUCGAUUCAGAAAUAAAAGAUUCAACUAAUUCGUCACUAUAGCUAUAGCCAUUAUCAAUAUUGUAGCGAUUUAUGGGCCUUUGAAGUCAAACACGAUCAUAUUGUAUCAAAUUACGCACUUGUCUGAACAAAAAUCUAAACUUAGCCAUACCUUUCGCCGAAAAUAAUCUUGUUCGAAUCCCCAUUAAAAACACUAUUUAGAGUGUUAUUUGCAAGCCUGUAUCUUCAAAUCUGUAUAUUUUAUCAAUAUAUUUCCAUUUCUUGUCCGACUGUGAGCUCGAAGUGAGUUAAUCCCAACCGGAAGUACGACAGCGGUGAGUAAAUAUAUGAUUGUUUCGGUUUGUGUAAUGUUUUGACGGCACUUGACCCCCCGUUCGAAAGGUUAUUUUGUGAGGAUUUCAAUGGUGGGUUUUAUUUAAAAGGGGGGUAAAUACUCGCCGAGAUAUUUACAAUAGAAAAAUUAAGUCGUAAUUUAAUGCGAAACCGUCUUGCCGUCAAAGAGUUAAGCAAAUUCCCCGACUAGCUAUAGACCCCUGUUAUCAAAUCCCCUACCGUUGCCCCCCCCCCCCUCCGGCUUAACAUUGAUAGGUGCAUAUUAUAAGAAAGAACACUGAUGAAUCUUGGUAUGAUUAAAUACAGCACUGAGGGAGAGUUUCUGAAGAAAGUUGACACAAGACAGAACAAUGACAAAGAAAGAAAGUGUAAAUCUGAAGAUAAAGGUUAACAAGAAGAGCUCAGAAAGAUCUUGCAGAAACAUAAGAAGUAAUUCCAUCUUUGAGCAGUUGAAGAAAAUUUGUUGCGAAAGCACACAAGAUUGCGCACUCAGUAAAGACCUGCACGCUGAAACUUCGUCAAGAAAAGAUUUGGUUUCCUGGAAUUGCUAAACUCUGUAAGAAGCUGUACAGAAUUGUCAAAGCUGUCAAGUCACUCAUGAUUGUACCUAUGACGAGCUUCUUCAAUCAACACCAUUGCCACCAGGUUCUUGGCACACAAUCUCUGUGGAUUUCAAGGGACCGUUCAAAGAUGGAACUUACGCACUGGUUAGAUAUGAUCUUUACAGCUGUUAUCCUGUCGUAAGCUACUGCAGAUCUACAGCUUUCUUGUGUGUAAAAUCGAUCCUUGAUUUGUGGUUUUCAACAUUUGGUACAGUGAAGGAGCUGAAAUCAGAUGAAGGACCUCCAUUCAACGGAGAUGAAUUCAGUGCAUAUGCUUGCGAGAGAGGAUUCAUUCACACACCGGUGAAACCCAGUCAUCCGAGACGAAACAGUGAAGCUGAGAAAUUUAUGCAGAAUGUAAAGAAGAUGGAGAGAAUUGCAAAACAAGAAAGGAAGCAAUAUCGCUGUCAUUCUCUAGGCAUUGAUUGCAGGCGCAUAAGCGUGGGUUAACAAAUUGGUGAGAUUGUAGUGAACAUAUUCUGCACAUACAUCUUCAGAGCUGAUCCAAGUUUUGCAGCUGCACUGGCAAUGACCUCUACCUCUCAAGAUUGUGCCUUCAAGAUUGAUUGUUCCAGCUGGUCUUCUGCCUUCAAUUCACUUGGAAGAUAACAAAUUCCUACCGGAAUAGAAAAUUUCCCAUCCAGAGUCUCUAUGCAAUUACAAAUUUGCUUCUUUUACAAUCGUUUUCUUUAGCUAUUCGGCUGCAGGAUUAUCCCUUGUAAAUUGUAAAUUUAUUGAAUUGGUCACACCAAUUACCUUUGCCUGAUGCGGGUCAAUGCUAAGACCUGGUUUGAGAGCCAUUCCAUCUUCUUGUGAAGAUACAGUGAACACUUUUAGUUUAGUUUCUCAGUUGAUAAUAAUUGGUAGGAUCCAACAUUUUGAACAGAUAUAAUGGUAAAAAAAUAUUGAACUAAAGACCAGCAUACACUGUUGUCUGUAGUAUAGCUUACCUUAUUUCUUGCCUGUCUUGCCGUUCUUUCAGGUAAAGGCCAAUUCCACAAACUCCAAUCAAAUUUCGAUCUAUCAGCCUUGCCUUCAUCUGCUGUCUUGUAAAAGCCUGGGCCUCUCAGAAGAUGCACUGUGGACUCAUGACCAUAAUAUUCAAGUGUAUCCAGAAACUCUGAAAUUUCAGCAUCCCAUUGGAACAUUUUAUCUUUAGAGGUAGAAUUAGUUGAAACAAACCCCAGAGCGUUUUUACCAGUUCGUAAAAAAUAUGUUGUUUAGAAAGAUAACCACUUUCUAGAAACUCUUGAAGUUUUUUGCAGACUGGAUCAGUAAAUCUGUAAAUCCUGUGAAAACAAAAGAGGUGUAAGGAAAACUGUAUGUUUUCAUGUUGAUAAUUAAUUAGUAAAUUAAUGUUCUUUUCAUUCCAAAGUUUAGGGUGUAUAAUCAAGGGAAAUAUACUGUAUAGCAAGUGUAUUACAUGUGACUUUUAACCCAAUCCAUUCUAUGAGUUCUAGGCAGUGAGAAAUUAUGCACACUAUGUACUUUCCACCAAAUAAUGUCUGCAUACUUUUCUGCUGUGUGUACAUCCAAGUCACUAGAUGCUGAUUCAAUCUCUGUGUCACUAUAAUCAGAUAUCAAUAAACUCGAUGUAGCACUUUCCACAUCACUCGAACCACUUAAGCUGUCAACUUCAGAUAUGGUGUGUGGUAUUUCACACAUAUCCGUGCACAUAGCAGGGGAAGGCGGUUCAUUGCUGAUGUUAGAGACAAAAGUUAAUAGAUUUAUCAAAUUAUAGUUCAAUAUCACAACAGUCCGAGAAUCUAAAGAAUUGUAUUUUUCGACAUUCAGAGUUUAUUGAGAAAUUAAAAUGCCUGAUUGUUACUUACAAUGCUUUAGACAGCAAAGCAAUAAAAUCAACAAUGUUAGAACGAAAUGACAGGUCCAAAAUUUCACGAUCUGGGAAUUUAAUCAGUAGCUCAAGUAGCCUUGUUAUCAUGCACAGUACUACUUAGUAUAUAAUAUCAUCAAGUGCAUCAUUACCAAUUCAGUGGAUCAUUACCAAUUCACAAAGCACAAUGAAGUUUCACAUUGAAAUUUGCAUAUUAUGCGUAAUCUUUAUUUUUACGAAUUAUAUAUUUAUUUAAUAUAGACAUAUACAGUAUUUUAAAAUUUUCCUACAGUACCAGUAGGCUAUGACAAAAAAUACAAACACAUUUAUAUUAUAAUAUGUGUACACUGUACAGUGUAUAGGCUUACUUUAUAAUUAAAAUGUUUAUAUAGGCUUACUAUUCCAAUAAUAUUGCACUGUCUUCUUCUAAGAUCUCAUCUUCAUUCACAGGUUGUGGCAAUAGGAAUUUUUCAAUUCGGUUCUGCUUACAUCUGUUCUACAACCUCAAUACAUUUCUGAUUUAUCCAGUGUUCUAAGAAGAUAAUAGGCCAUCAAGAUUGAAGAUUCAAAGAUAGUACCUGUUGUUUACUAAAAAUCUACUUGAAGAAAAAAAUUCAUUUACAUAAACUUCAGAAAGUAUUUUGCCAAAAAACUUAUUUCCUAGACCGAUCAUUUUGUAGGCUAUUUAAAAUGCUUGCAGAACAUGCAUAGAAUGCAUAAACUGUACUGCUACUGUUUUUAUAUUACCCAAACCUUUUGUAUACAACUACAGACUAAAUAUGUACUAUUUAAAGCACACGUAGGAAUGUUUUAUCAGAUAUAAAACGCGAGGCACAACCGAGCUACACGACUACAAGUGCUUUAAAUGGCUUAAAAAACGACUCAUCUUAUAUGAGUUCAUUGGUGAAGUAAUUUUUAAAAUAAACUUUGUCUAAACUGAGAAAAUCAAAGCUAAAGUUUAUGUAAAUUAACAUGAUUUUUUAUCACAUAUAAAGAUACGACACGCUUAUGGUUUUUCUUUGUGUUUUCCUCCUGAAUUAUUAAUGAGUUUUUUAAGUAUAUGUAAUAAUGCAAUGUUCAAGUAGAUUGUACUACUAAUACAUACUUGUAAAAUUACUCCCAAUCCUUGGCUUAUUGAUACAGUAUGGCCACACACACACUGGAUAUAUCUUUCAUUCAAAACAGUGCAGCCAAGGUAUUUGUCUUCAAAUUCUAGACAAUUUAUAAAAAUCAAUCAAUUUAUUCUAGUUAGAGAAUUGACAGCACAUGCAGGUUGGUUAAUGUGAGAAAAAACAUUGACAGUACAUUAUAAUAAUAUGUACAAACUGGUAUGAUACACGACAUGUAUGUGAAAACUGGUAUGAUACAUUAUCCCAUACCUGUGUUAAAAGCAGCUUUCUGUAUAAUAUCAGAGUAAACUGAGUUAAAAACUGAGAACACACUGUAACCAUGAUGUACUUACCCUGCUUGAAAUUCUGAUAUUUCAUCUGUUGAAAUGCAUGAUCUACUUCAGGAUUCAAUAAAUCCUUAACUCCCUAGCAUUUCUUGAACAACUUAAUGUCUAAUGCUUUUCCUUUACAUUUGUGUUUCCCCUUUUGGCCUUUGACUUCAUGUUAUCCAAACGAUCUGAAUUUGAUGAACCAGGAACUGACAGGCAUGUUCCAAUGCUU